GCCGCUAGGACGAGCCGCUUCAUUGGAAUACAGAAUAAACUGUUGUGGUGGUGAAUCACUUAACCGCGAGAACUCAGAAGUGGCGUUUUGUCUACUGUUUGUCUUUGUGUUUAUACAGCUUUUUCUCACGCGUCGACACAAAGAAGGCGGUUUCCAGUAUGGAGGUUGGUUACUUGGAGGCCUUCACCAAAAUAUGGGAACAUGUUCAUAUGCAAUGGAAAGAUGGAGCUCCAAGAGUAACUUUCCUGACAGAUUUUAUCGAGGACAUUUCCAGCUAUAGCUAUAUAUCCGCGAGGGACAUAAUUGUUUGUCUUUUCCUUGGUGUUGCUUUCACCAUCUUGCGAUAUUUCUUAACAGCUGCAGCUUUCAAGCCUUAUUUCAGAUGGUGCCAACUGCGGGAGAGAGAUGUGAAGAAAUCGUCAGAAAGUGCCUUUAAGCUGUUAUUUUAUUCAUUGGUGUUUGGUUACUGCUCCUAUAUUCUUUUCAAUGGAAAUUACAAUUUUUACCAUGACACCAGUAACUGCUGGAAAGGUUGGUACAAGGGAAUGCCUGUUCCUCAAGACAUCUACAUGUUAUAUGUGGUAGAAGCUGGAUUCUAUUUCCAUUCUGUAUACGCCACACUGUACAUGGAUCUGUGGCGAAGGGAUUCUGUUCUCAUGAUUGCUCAUCAUAUUGUAGCUAAUUUACUCAUUCUGUUCUCAUUUGCAAUGAGGUACCACAGUAUUGGCCUUCUGGUCUUAUUUGUUCAUGACCCAACUGAUAUUAUACUUGAAUUCACUAAACUGUGCGUUGCUUUCAAGUCACGUGGUGGAAAAUACCAUCUUCUACCAGAUGUAAUCAGUGUAGUUGGAUUUCUGUCUUUUGCAUUAGCUUGGUUUUACUGCCGACUUUACAUCUUCCCAAUCAAGGUGCUCUACUCUUGUGGCUGCAUCUCUUUGCUUUUCCUUCCUCAAGUCCCUCUGUACUUCUUCUUCAAUACCAUGAUCUGGCUACUAUUUUUGAUGGACAUUUGGUGGUUUCAUUUCAUUGUGUUGCUCAUCAUUCGUAUCGCUGUUGGAAAAAGCAGUGGUGUGGAAGACACCAGAGAGAUUCCCAAAGAUUCUCUGAAAGGUGAAGAACAUGGAGGAGUAGCAAAUGGGAAAGUGUUACAGAAUGGAGUGCUACAUAACUGUGCAAGUCACAUUGAGGCCACACAUACAAAAGCUGGACAAAGGAAGUACAACAAAGAAGGAAUCAAAAAAGGGGAACCAAACCAAAAUUGUGACAAACAGAAAAACAAUGAGGAGCCAGGCUUCCGCCGCAGGUAGCCAUGCACCAAACCAGCUAAUCCAUAGAAUGAAUGCAGCCAUGCACCAUGCCAGCUAAUCCAUAGAAUGAAUGCAGCCAUGCACCAUGCCAGCUAAUCCGUAGACUGGAUAAUAUGACUGUGGAAUAAUUUUAUGCUCAAGAGACUAAAAAUGUCCCUUAUUUAUUUAUUUAUUUAUUUAUUUA